AGGCUCAACCUUGUACCCACCGUAUUUAAAUUUAAAUUAGGUCACAGUUGUGUAUAAGUUACAAUUAGCUAGUAGAUAGAACGAAUCAAGUCUCUUGAUUUAUCUGUUAUAAGGUUUGUCCUGUAAUACACACGAUUCAAUCCGGUUCCCUCAGGAUCCAUUUUCGUUAGUGUUAAAAUAAUGUUUCAUUAGGAACACCACUUUCCAUAGACCAAAACCUAGCAGAUAUUACAUCUUAUGUAAUUUAGCACUUAGUAUGCUUUGAUCGGUAUUACCAAUAUGGUCAAUAUUAAGCAUUUAGAUGGAGAUUUGAUUUCCUGAUCCUGCAUUUAGAGAAGAUUUUGUUGGGAAAGAAUUAGUCUCUGAUUAUCGGUUUGGACCUUGGUGAAAACCAAAAUAAAAGGAAAAUAUUAUCAAUUGCGUAAUUGGGAGGCUGUGCACAUUGUUUAUUUUAAUUUCUUGUAAAGUUUAUUUGUUUGGGGAUGUGGGUGUGUAAUAUAGAUGUAUGUGCUUUUAUAAUGUUAUGAUAAUAUUUACUCUUUGCUUGCUUUCUAGUUUACUUAUGAUCAGGUGCCAGAAAAAGGUUUGUCUUGACGAUAACACCGAUCGAAUCAGUGACUUACCAAGGAAUGUGAUUGAUAAUAUCUUACGAUACUUGUCCAUAGAUGACCUAGUUAAGACCAGUAUACUCUCAAGGAAAUGGAGGUAUAUGUGGGCUUCAGUUCCACAACUGGAGUUUGAUAAUGACUUCUUUCUGACUUGUGAGUGUGUGGAAGGAAUCGAAUCUUCUAGUAUAAUUACAGAAAUUCUUUUGCUCCACAGUGGUCCGCUACAUAAGUUCACAGUUCACUUUUCUUCAGAAGAUUUUAUCUCAGUCGAAAAUGUAUGCAUCAAUAAGUGGAUUCUGUUUUUGUCAAGGAAAGGGGUUAAAGUUCUUGAGCUUGAGAACCUACAAGAAAAACCCUAUCAAAUACCAUCUCAUAUCUUCUCUUGCCAUGACUUGACUCAUAUUCACCUAAGUAAUUUUGAACUGCCACCUGUGCUCAACUUUUGUGGCUUUAAAAGUUUGGUUGACCUUCACUUGUUUGACAUUAUAUUUAAGUCGGGUGUUCUUGAGAGUCUUGUGUCUGGUUGUCCCAUACUUGUGAAGCUCACCGUUUCUUAUUGUUCUGGUUAUGAACGUAUUUAUGUCUCUUCUCCUGCUCUCAAAAGCCUACACAUAGAAGAUGACAAAGUUAUCAAGUCAAUUUGUUUGAAGCAAGCACAAAAUUUGACUUCUCUCACACUCUUGGCUGAUGGACCUGGUGAUAACAUUGACAGAGACUGGGUAACUGAUUUGUUGAAAGACUUGUCAAAACUCAAAAGGAUAUCACUGGGAACAGGUUACAUUGAGAUUCUGUCUCCAGGUGUAGGCAUCAAUCUGCCAGUGCUGCUUAAAGAUGUAAAACAUCUGGAAUUGAAUGGUGUGAAGUUAAUUGAAGCAAGAGAACUUUUGUUUAUUGGUUAUGUGCUUGAAAGUUCUUCUAACCUAGAGGAACUUGUUAUAAAGAAUAAUAGCGAGGAUGUGGAGACACAACUGAUUUUUAGGGAUUUUGACUGCGCUAACUUUAUUAAGCUUCAAACUGUAAACAUCACAGUUAAAACUUUGUAUGAGCCUGCACUUGACUUUAUACGGUUUGUGCUUGCAAGUUCCCCGGCAUUGGAGAUCCUUACUUUCAAGGUUGAUUUUGGUCUAUCAGAUGCAGCAAAAUUGUUAAGUAUUUCAAGUGAUUUGCUGCGGAUGGAGCGAGCAUCGCCAAGAGCACGAGUUAAACUCCUUCAUGAUGUUCUUAUUAAAUAGUGUUGUAUUUGAGUUUGGUCUUUCAACCCUAACACCUUUUGUUUUAAUAUAUAUUUUAUUUUUCCUGGGUUA